CCUGCCCGGAGCCGCACGGCGGCACUACAGCCCCCGCCGGCCCCGGCCGCAUCUCCGCGCCCUCGCCUCUGGCGGCACCGGCGGCGCGGCCGUGCCCGGCGCUGGGCAGCAGGGAGGGGGCGGGCGCCAUGGCUGACAACGGAGAGGCCCCGGCCGCGGCCCCUCCGGGCUCGCCGGCCCAGAGGAGGCAGCCGGGCGGCGCCCCCAGCGCGGGAGCCGGCGGGGCGGAGGGCGCGGCGGCGGCGGCCAUGCCGCGGCUGCCGCUGGGCAGCCCGGGCGGGGCGGCGGGGAUGUCGCUGCCGCGGCUGGAGAAGCCGAUCAAGCAGGCCUUCUACAACACCGGGGCGCUGCUGUUCGCGGGGCUGUGCUGCGGCGCCGCCGUCCUGGUCUACUUCAUCCUGGAGGCCUUCCUGCGGCCGCUCCUCUGGGCUGUGCUCUGCGGCACCUUCCUGCACCCCUUCAAGAGCUCCCUGACGGCGCUGGGCCGCCGCUGGCUCGGCCGCCUGCACCGCUCCCGGACCCCCGUCCUGCUGGCCGCCCUCCUCCUCCCCAUCUGCUUCGCCAACUACGGCGUGGAGGCGCUGGGCGAGCAGGUGCUGCGGCGGCGGCGGCUCCUGCUGCUGCUGGGCGCCGGGGGGCCGCUGCUCUACGGGCUGUACUGCCUGGGCAGCUCCCUGGGCGUGCAGCUGCUGCUGGCCCAGGCCGCCCGCCUCAUCUGCCAGGGGCUGGACUACUUCAGCAGCCAGUGGAUAUGGACGUUGGUAAUUGGUUACCUGCUGAUGGUUUCAUUCAAGUGGACUAUAAGCACAGAACGUUACUUAAAAGCAAUCUCCGUCCCUGUCUGGAUUAUGCUGCUGUUUCACUUAGCUUCUGUGGCAGGUUCCUGCAGAAUUCCUGUGUUUCUGGUUAUAGUUGUUCUGAUGACCAUAGGCAUGUUGCAUGAACAGCAGAAUGGAAAGGAGUCUUCUGGGGCAGAGCUUCCUGGGCAGAUGAUUUCCAUAGCUGCUUCAACAAUUGCCAUGGCAAUUUCAAUGACAGAAGAUGAGUCCAGUAAUGAACGUUCCUCACAACCCUCAGGAGCAACAGAAGGUGAUCAGCCUCCACAUGCUUCAUCAUCUUUCUCCUCCUCUUCAUCCUCUUCUGGGGGCAGACAAAGACCUGAGACUGGAUCUUUUCUUAGAAAAAAGAAAACUAGUGAUAUUUACUUUGUUGCACUCGUGUGGGCCAUUGUCAUUGUUCAGAUCUGGCUAAAUUUCUGGAUUGUGCAGCUAUUGCCGGUGCCUUUUGCAGUUUGGGCACUUAAAAAAAUCGUGGUUCAUUUUGGAGUUUUGAACUUCAUGGCAAACCAUUGCAAAAGUUGGUGGCAACUUGUUGAAAGUUUUGUAAAGGAACGUCAGGAAGCUCUUGCUCCACGGCCCAUCAGAGGGCUCGGAAGAGUCGUGCUAAAGCUUGACAGUAAGAUGAUCGUGUGGUUGGAGAAAAUGCUAGAUAAAAUAAUCAGCAUUUUCAUAAUAUUUUUGCUAGUGAUAGGAACCCUUCUACUAGCCCUGCUCCUUACUGCAAAGGUACAUCAAGAGAGUGUUCACAUGAUUCAAGUCACAAGCAGCUUGAUCAAUGAGACAGUAGCCAGUCACCCAGAAUGGGCAAACUGGCUCCCAGAAGCCCAGGUUAUUCAGAAGGCACUCAAUUCGGCAGCUAAUAAUGUAUACCAAUAUGGCCGAGAAUGGAUUACACAUAAGCUCCAUAAGAUCUUAGGAGAAAAAGUGAAUAACACCGCUGUGAUUGAAAAACAAGUGCUGGAACUCUGGGACAGGCUCUAUCACUCCUGGUUUGUGAAGAAUGUAACACAUUCUGGAAGACACAAAGGACACAAAUGGCACAUAAACCGUCAAAACAGCUGGCUUGGUGAUAUUCUGGAUUGGCAAGAUGUUGCAUCAUUUGUUCAUGAUAACAUUGAAACAUUUCUUUCGAUCCUGGAGUCUCUGUGGAUAGUGAUGAGUCGCAAUGUGAGCCUCUUGUUUACUACAGUUACAACAUUAGUGACAAUCCUCUUCCAUAGCGGGACAGCUCUACUCAAUUUUGUGCUUUCAGUGGUGAUUUUUCUGACCACACUGUUCUACCUAUUGAGUUCCAGUGAUGAGUACUACAAGCCAGUAAAGUGGGUGAUAAGCCUGACACCUUUGUCUCAGCCAGGUCCUUCCUCAAAUAUAGUUGGCCAAUCUGUGGAGGAAGCAAUAAGAGGUGUAUUUGAUGCUUCCCUCAAAAUGGCUGGGUUCUAUGGACUCUACACUUGGCUGACUCACACUGUAUUUGGGAUUAACAUAGUCUUCAUACCAUCUGCAUUAGCAGCAAUCCUUGGAGCAGUGCCAUUUCUGGGGACGUACUGGGCAGCCAUCCCUGCGGUCCUAGAUUUGUGGCUUGUGCAAGGACAGGGAUGCAAAGCCAUUUUGCUCUUGGUUUUUCACCUCUUGCCAACCUACUUUGUAGAUACAGCAAUUUAUUCAGAUAUAUCAGGAGGUGGUCAUCCUUACCUGACAGGUCUUGCAGUAGCUGGUGGAGCAUAUUACCUGGGACUGGAAGGAGCCAUCAUAGGACCAAUUCUACUUUGUAUACUUGUGGUUGCUUCCAACAUAUAUAGUGCCAUGUUGGUGAGUCCAACAAAUUCAGUGCCCACUCCAUCACAAGCAGCAUGGCCAUUACAGAUUUACCGGUCAUCUAGAGAGAGUCCUGAGGAGACGAAAACAGCUGAAGAGUGAUGAAGGUGGUGUGCUGCACCUAUUCAACACGAGAGAGUCGCUGUCUUCUGUCUUGAGUUCACAACAGCCAUGGCCUUGUGUCCUUUUCUAGCUGUGCCUAGGGGCAGCUCACAGGGAAGCACAGCUUGGGUUUUUAGGAGAAACCGCUUCUCGAACAUCUGCUGGCCUUACAUUAUUGUGCACUUUGCCACUUCAGGAGAGAAUGUCUACUUCCCAUGGCUUUGCAUACGAACACACAGUUCAGCUGCCUUGUUGAAGACCUUGAAGACCUUCUGCCUUCAUAAGAAGAAUGGGUUAAGAGGACAGGUAUAUCCACUGGAGUCAUUAUCUUAUCUGCUGAAAUGACUAACUUGGCUUUUAUUUAUUGGGUUAUUUGUGUUAUUAAAUUGUAGUAGCUUUAAGGAAAGCUAAUUCCAAAAUAUUUAUUCUCGGUUAAUCUGGUGACAAAAAAGGUGUAAACCACUCAUCGUUAAAUGAAAGUAGAAUAUAAUUAUUUGCUGCUCCUCAAAGUGUUUCUUUAGAGGCUUUGACCAUUGUCUGGAACUUAUAAUAACAUGUAAAUAUUAUCCUCUUAGACACACUGAAAUUUAAUGUUGUUGGAGACUGGCAUUUCUAAUAUAUUCCUGAAAUUAGUAGACAUGCAGAUUGGUAAGUGUGGGUUUUCCUCAUAUCGAAAUAGGAGGAGCUGUUUAAGUAGUUUAAAUCUUGCCCUCAUUUGCAGUGAAAUCUGAUAGUAUUUUGCUGUUCACCCACUAUCCCAGUGGAGUCGUCAACUAAAUUUAAUCAAAGGCCUUAAAUGUUUUCAGGCAGAGGUAAUGUACGGUUGUAAUGUCUGCUUCCAGUAAUAGGAAGAAGUUGAAUGGGGAUUGUUUAAUGUUGGUUUUCAAAUGCUGUGGCUGAGUUCAGUUAGCUUUUCAAACAAAUCUAAAUGUAUUUCCGAAGAGGAAGGGGAGAGUUCAUGGAUUUUGUUUUAGGUUAGUUUGGGGUUUUUUGCCCCCGUAAGCUUCUGGUCAGAUAUCUUAAUAAGAUACAAGAUAUAUCAUAUAUACUAAGAUAUAUCUUGGUAAACAGAGUUCUUAAAUUCCUGAAAUGGUGUGUUGCCUAGGUCACAGCAUCAAACCACUCUAGUGCUUUUCUUCCAUACAUACUUUUGCUUAAAUUGCAGUUUUGGUGACAAUUAAGGCCUUUUGUAUUGAUUGUUGAAAUAUUUGGACACAAUGAAUCUUUAUAAACAGAUGCUUUUUAUAAAUAGGAAGUGUGGUUUUUUGGUAGAAAUUUCAUACUUGAACAGCUUUUCCACAAAUACAGCGAGGCCCUAGGUACACAGUAGCAGUUGCACAUGCUUAACCAAAGAACCACCUUUCAGUUUCUAGUAACUUCUCUUGUAUUUAUUUCAGAGUUUGAUUAUUGAGUUAAACAAAAUACAGGCAUGCCUUGCAUUUAUUGUUGAUGGUAAUGCAACUGUUGGAACAAAAACCUGUUCUUACCUAGGGAUAAGGAUACCUAAGAUUUGUGUGCAAACAGCUCGCAGUAACUUAGAAGUUUGUUUUACUUGAGUUGCAGAAAUGCCGAUAGAUUUGGAAGGCUACUAUUUUCAUGAUAUUGCAUGUAUUUUUGUGUUGAUUCUAAAACUAUGUUGCCAUAGAAAGUGAUUGGAAAGUACUCUGAUACUUACUAAGCAAGAAGGUUCCUGGUAUAGUUUUGCAAUAAACAGGCUGCCUAUUAAGACACAAAUAGCCUAGUCCUCAGAUUCUUGAAAUUAGCUGCUGCAAUUUUACUGAGAAAUCUUAUGCUUAAAUGGAGGGUUUCAAGCAUGCUGGUCUUGCGCUUGCAAACUUGCAGGUGUGGAGGGCAGACUCAGGCUUAAUUUAGCAUUUUGACUCAAGUUCAUUGAAAUACAGAAACAUCCUAUUUGAACAUUUUAAAUUCUGGAACACCUACACAUCAGUUCCAACUAACUGAAUAGGAAGCAUGUAUUGCUUGAAUUAAGUAACUGUCCAGUGGUUUAAUUUCCUUGGUUUUGUGGAUCAUUUAAAAUCUUUAAUGAAACACAUUUUUAUAAUUGUUGCUGGCUAGGGUGGAGGGUGACAAAGAACCUGAGGAUGUCCCUAACUAUUCCCCCAACAUUCUAGCUAGCUUGAAUGAGACCACCAUGAUGCGUAGGAAACUUCUUUAUUGUAUUACUUUUUAGUUUGGAAUUUUGCACUGAAAUGUUUUGUUCUCAUUAUGGCUUCUUGUAGGCAGCAUUUAAAGAUUGCUCGCAAGCAAUAUGCAUCUUUAAUAUAUUUCCCGUUUUCCAUAGCUCCUCUUUACUCACUGGUCAUCAUAUGUACAUUGUCCACAUUUGCUAUCCCAGCUAUUUCUGAGAUAAUCUUUCAGAUUCCUGUGGUACUCAACAAAGUCACUUUAAAGAGUCAUUUUAAAGCAUUCUUUUGUUUUGAAGUUUUCCUCUUCUCUCUCUCCCUUCACCCAAACUCCUUAGAUCAAAGAAUGGUCUCUGCUUUGGAGAUUAAAAUGGUAUUUCACGCACAGUUAUCUUCAAUAAUGGCAAAUCAGUAAAAGCAGCUAAGAAGAUAUGUUGCUAUUUUGAAAUGUUCCUUUGCCAAUGUGAAGAAAAAUUAUUUUGUAUAGAGAAUUCAUAUCUGAUGUAGUCUUGUUAGUUUGCCCUUCUCUUAAACAAGGCUUCAUAUUGAUGCUUCCUGUUCCAAAUUCAUUGAAUUUGGAAGAAUUCAUGAAGAACCAUCCAUAGUAUAGUCUUUCUUGCUAAAUGUAGCUAAAGGAGCUCAUGCUAUGUGCCAUGCCUGAUUGAAGAAACAAUUGUAUGGUUCAGUGGUGGUGCGGUAACAGUAUACUGCCAAAAAGAAAAGAAAAAAAGAAACAAAACCUCCAAUAAUAUCUUCUUAUGAUAUGAAAUAUACACUGAAUUUUGCCAUGUUAAAAAAAAAAAACAAAAAACAACCCAAAGCAAAGGACACCGCCUUAUGGAAGAGCACACCUUGUUUAUUUAGGGUUUAUCUUUAGUGUUUAGUUACCAGUAGAAAAAGAAAAACUUAUCCUUGCAUAUUUAACAAUCCAUAUUCUUUUCUGCAGAGACUUGGCCUCUUUAAGAACAGUUUUGUUUAGAUCAAUCUCACAUUAAUGUGAAAAUAAUCAAACUGGUCAUUUUGACGUCUCGUCAUUGUAACGCACCAGUUCCAGGUUAUGUUACCUCACCCGCAAAAGCAAGCAGCAGCUCUGUGGUAUAAGCUUUUAGAUGGCUUGUGGGUUUCGGGCGGGGGGGGAAGGGGUGGGGGAGGAACUUCUCACACAGCCUUUUCUGUAGUGGCAUUAAAUUACAGUUUUCUUAGGAGUGACCAUCUUUUUCAUAAUGCUUAUGGGCAGGAAGUUGAUGGACCUUAACGUUCCUGUAAACAGUCAUUCCAGGAGCAGGUACUUACUUGUAUUUAGUACAUUUAGUAUUCGGUUUGAAGGGAAAACAAUUUAGAAUUCAGAAGGGAAUGCCUGUAGUUAAACUAAUACAAUGUGCUGUCAUAGGGUUGUAAAGUACAACUGUGCUGGUUUUUAUCAUUCUUUUCUAGCAAAUCAGGCUUGUUACAAAUAAGUGUAGUGCCAAAGGGCUGGUGGUAACUGUUCUUUGCACUAAGUGAGCCCUUCCUCCCCUUCCUGUACCUUAGCUGAAUGUUACUGUGCUGUAGCAGAGCUGGUAGAAGUGAAUGUGUGCCAGUGCACAGCCCAGCAUGUUGACUUCAGGUCAGUGUAAAUACUGGCUUAAUUAAAUACAUGAAGCAAGAAAUUGCAAUGGGUGAGAAUCUGGCACACGUUCAUUUUGCCAGCCUUACUACAAUAUGGUGAAUUUCAGCACAGAUGCACCAUGACCAACUUGGAGCAGUAAUGACUUAUUUUGAGAGACUGCCUUUUUUUUUUUUAAGUUUAACACUAUAGUCAUGUAUAGAAUAUACAUUUUUCAGAAAUUAAGGUGAUACCCAUGUAUCUAACAAUGGAGACAGCAGUCAGAUAUUUCCAUGUGCAAUGGUAUGUAUUUGCAUCUCAUCUAGGGUACACAUAUAGGCUUGUCUGAUUUCAAAGACUAUAUGGCUUCUGUUCAAGACUUUGGGGAGGAAGAUGUGUAUUUUGUCAGUGAUUACUGGAUUAAGAAAUCCGUAAUCUGCUUAAUUAAAUAAGAGAGAAAGCGUUGUGUAGGGAAAAUGGGAUGCUGUCUCCAGUAUUAUACAUUGUGGGUAUCAGUGUAACUUCCGAAACAGGUGUAUGGCUUCAGUGUUAAGCAUUGCUUUUCAGAAAGCCUGACAAUACAAAACUGGAUAAAAUUGUUCUCCAGUAAAAGCAGCAGCAGAAUUGCUAUGCUGCUAGUCCCUAGUACUGGUGACAGACUACUGCAAAGACUGCUGCCUUUCCUACAGACCUGAUACACUCAAGAUGGGAAAAUAUCAUUAUUCUACUGACGCUCUUUGGCUUUGCAUCAGUGGUAGAAGAUGCUCCCAGAGAUGCCUUUAUUCAAACACAGUGUUCAUACUAUAUUGGCUUAAGAUAGUGACUACAGAUAGUGCCACCUUUAUGGAUACUACCUCUGAGAACAGCUACAACUUCCUUCAGAAGGUGCUGAAAGCUGUUGGGAUUGGAGUUAGUAUUCAUUACACUUAAUAAUAGAGGUAGCGUUCUUCUAGAGGUGCAGUGAUUUGCCUUGAAGUUUGCAAUUUUACAAGAGAAACUUAGUUUCUCAAUUAAAUAAUCUUCACUGAGUGACAGCUGGCAUCUCUUAACUCCCUGGAUGUGUCAUCUUUAUAAACUAUCUUGGCUUGUAUUUCAAAGGGUUUCUUCUUGUUAUUAUUUCUUAUGCCUUUUGUUGAAGCGUACUCUGGCAUUUCCCUUCUUAUUUCUAUUUCUACAAAACUAGAAUUGCCUAAAACUCUUAACAAACGUUAGGGAGGUUUCAUCUUUAACCCAAUACAGUUUAUCUGUCACUAUUAGGAAAAGACCUUAAUGCUUUAUGGUAAAAUUUUCCAAAAUUGCUUUUAAGUGAUAAAAUUGGAAAUAAAAAAACAAUUGCAAUGUGGAAGAUGAACUUAUUGUUUCUGGUUUCAAAAUACUACCAGAAGUGAUGAGCAUUUUCAGGGAUUCUCCAUUGGGUUUGUAAAUGUAUAUAUUGACAUGCAGCAAUAUAUAAAUAUGAGCAGUGUCUGCCCUAUUCAGAUUUUAACUGAAAUUUUGUCCUAUCUUUUUUUUUUUAAAAGAUAUCUGAAAACAAAACAGUGCCUGUAUGUAGUGAAAACAAGCAACAUUUUCUAGACUUAAUGUUUACUUGAUAAAUGUCAGGGAAGAGCCAAGCAAAUACUGGUAGGGUGACUAGAACUGUUUUGCUGUAGUUAAUAUUAAAUUGGGAAAAGCUGUUCUUCCACCUAGUAAUCCAUUGCUAAGAGAUUACUGUUCCUGGAAGUCUUUGCACACGUGCACUAAAGAGCUGCCAAAAUGAAUAUGUCCUCAGCUCCCCCGUCUCUUAACCUCUUUCAUGCCUUCUCUGGUACCUUGUUUUGAAUCUGUUUUAACACAUGAGAGUAUUGCUUCAUCCUCCUUUGGGAUCCAGUCCAGGACCCAAAAGGCAUGCUUUGCGUGUCCAUGCUGAAAUAGUAUGUCCAGUUUAGGAAGGGAUUGCUAAUUGGCAAGUAAAUGCAUCCUUGAUGUGCUCUGCAUAUGGAUGGACUUGGACAAACAUAAUUCAUGUUGCAUUGAAUUAGAGAUUAUUCUUUGAAUGUAGCACUAUGUAGCGAUACCAAAGCUAGGUUUGAGUUAGAAGCAGGGCAUAUUUGCUUGCAGCAGGAUGCAUUUGCAGGCUAAUAAAGGUAGAGUAAGUGUUCUAGCAUCCAUGUAUAUCUCUGAAGAAUUUUCAACACCAUGAUUUCAAUGCAAAAAUAUUGGUUUCUUUUGCUAGCCUCACUUUUUGCCACUUGACUGUUGUAUACAGUGAUCCAAUGAGGACCUAAAGUCAAAGUAACUUUUCAUGGUAUUGGUGUAGAGAGGCAUCGCAAAGCUAAAAAGUAGCCACCGAACAGAAGUUUAUUAAGCUUAAGAACUGACAUCCAGGCCAGAAGGUUGAAAACACUGAAUCCAGAUUUUUGGCCUCCUUUCUGCUAGUCUCAGCCCAAAACUGAAGCCUUUUCAAGAACUAUCAGUAAAAAAAGAUAUUUUUUUUUGUGGUGUUUAUAACUUACUGGCUGUGUAGAUCAAUGUUUUCAGUUUCCAUUGUCAUCAGUGGUAUAUUCUGCAAGCAUAAUAUUUGUUCACAUUGUUACCUUUAAAAACAAAUUUUCGAUGCUUCAGUGAUGGCUGGAAACCAAUUUUUUAUACUAAUGGUUAGGUGUUUACCCAUAUAUAUAUACACACACACACACAUAUAUAUGUUAACUAGUGUUUGAUGUUUUGGUCGGAAGACUAGGGAAGGUUUUUUUUCCCCUCUGGUAAAUUUCACCACACCAAAUCCAAGAAACUUUUGACAUUAGGCCCUAAGACUGGCUAGACCCUACUCAAACUUAACAGCAGAUCUCUUGCAGUAUGACGUGCGGGUUGUUCUAAAGGAUGCAUUCCUACCCAGUGGGGAUUUGGAGCAAUAACUUCUGUUGUCUGUUGACACAAAUUUUGUCUGUAUGUGUGAUACAUCUUGAACUAUGUUCAAAAAUAAUGUUACCAUAAUUGGUUUUGGUACAGUACCUGGUUUUGCAUGUAUAAUAUUGAAAAUAUAAUCCCUGUGUCCAUCUGUGGCAGGAAAAAACGUGUGAGUUAAGAUUGAGAAGUACUUGUGUAGACUGCAGAGGUAUUUAAACUAAACAAUUUCGAUUGUAUGCACUCGUCCUCUUCCUAAUAAAGUUUUUUGUAGCAGGUUUAAGAAGCUUUUAACUUAAUACUGUAUUCACACUGCGGUCCUUUGUAAGCACAGAGUGGUUAAUAUAUUUUGAAAUAAAUUGCUGUUCAUGUAAAGAAA